AUGGGAAAGUCUCAAUCAAAGCUUUCACCGACGCAGCUCGAUGAGCUGCAACGGGCAACACAUUUCGAUAAGAAGGAGCUACAACAAUGGUAUAAAGGUUUCCUCAAGGACUGCCCAUCCGGUACCCUGACCAAGGAAGAGUUCCAGAAAAUCUACCGACAGUUCUUCCCCUUCGGCGACCCGUCAUCAUUUGCCAAUUAUGUCUUUCGCGUUUUCGACUCGGACAACAGUGGUAUGAUCGAUUUCAAAGAGUUCAUCUGCGCUCUUUCCGUGACUUCACGAGGCAAGAUGGAGGAUAAACUGGAUUGGGCAUUCCAAUUGUACGAUAUUGACGGCGAUGGGAAAAUCACUUAUGACGAAAUGCUGGCCAUUGUCGAGGCGAUUUACAAGAUGGUCGGAUCCAUGGUGAAGCUCCCCGAAGACGAAGAUACCCCCGAGAAACGCGUACGGAAGAUCUUCCGGAUGAUGGACAAGGAUGAGAACGGCAGUCUCGAUAUCGAGGAGUUCAAAGAAGGCAGCAAACGGGAUGAAACCAUCGUCAGUGCCUUGUCGCUUUACGACGGAUUGGUUUAG